AUGAAAGAUGGGGAGGGUCAUAUUUCCAUAUAUAUUGAGUUGAUGGAUACUUCAUCCCUCCCCACCGGUUGGACAGUAACCGCUCUUGUCAAUUUAUUUGUGUUUGAUCAAAUUCGUGAUAAGUAUUACACUGUCCCAGCCCAGUACUCGUUCACUACAGAUUAUUCACUAGUGCGCUUUUCUGCUGUAAAACUGGAAUGGGGUAUCACGAGUUUCGUUGAACUAGAAGUCUUUAAUGAUUCUUCGAAUGGAUACUUGGUGGGUGAUGAUUGUGUGUUUGGUGCCGAUGUGUUUCUAAUAAAACAACCCAUCAACAAAGUGAAUGUGCUGUGGAUGAAGCUCUAUCCUAAGGGGAAUGGUAAAGUUGCGGGGAAUAACAUUUCGGCUUAUCUAUGUUUGGAUAACUUGACUCUUCCCUCGGAUACUAAUAUCUUUGUUAAAUUUUCUAUUGGCGUCCGAAAUGUGGUGAAGUCAACUAUCAUUAAAUCCACAUCCACAGGGAAGCAUCACUUUGAUUAUUUGUCUCCAAGUGUGGGGAGAUUGCAUAUCUAUCCUAAUGGGAACAAGAUGAAAGAUGGGGAGGGUCAUAUUUCCAUAUAUAUUGAGUUGAUGGAUACUUCAUCCCUCCCCAUCGGUUGGACAGUAACCGCUCUAGUCAAUUUGUUUGUGUUUGAUCAAAUUCGUGGUAAAUAUUUUACUGUCCCAGAUUAUUCGGCAGUGCGCUUUUCUGCUGUAAACCUGGAAUGGGGUAUCACGAGAUUCGUUGAACUGAAAGUGUUUAAUGAUUCUUCGAAUGGAUACUUGGUGGGUGAUGAAUGUGUGUUUGGUGCCGAGGUUUUCAUAAUUAAACAACCCAUCAACAAGGUUAAUGUGUUGUCUUUAUCGGGUGAAGGUGCUAAUCAUUUGACCCGUACCCACAUUUGGAAAAUUAGAUCUUUUUCUAGUCUCUCCCUUGAUUUUUAUGAGUCUGUCAAAUUCACUUGCGGAGAUUUUAAAUGGUGGAUCAAGCUCUAUCCUAAGGGGAAUGGUGAAGGCAAGGGAAAUAGCAUUUCGGCUUUUUUACAUUUGGAUGAGUGUAAUCUUCCCUCGGAUACUAAGGUCUUUGUUAAAUUUUCUAUUGGCGUCCAAAAUGUGGUUAGGUCGGAUAUCAUUAACUCCAGAGCGGAGCAUCACUUUGAAGAUUUGUCUCUAGGCAGGGGUUUCCGGAAGCUCAUUUCAUUAAAUAAGUUUGAAGACUUAAAAAACGAAAUAUUGGUAGAUGAUGUUUGCAUUAUUCAAGCUGAUGUUAGCAUUGUAGGGAUUGUCACUACAAAAUGA